AAGAAAAAACAAAUCACAAUUCCUGACGGACCGUUUGUGGAGCAAUCGUUGGUGGUGGUUUUCGGGGGGGAAGACAAACAGUGCAGCACACGCGGAAGGAAGCACGACGUUUCCAACACGACAAACGCUCUCAAUUCUGAUCCCGGCCCUCUACGCCGGAAUGUUUUUCGUAUGACUUUUAGGAUGUAUGUGGCGAAUUUAAAUUGGAGUGUGAGAACGCUUCCUGGGAGGUGAGCCAGGUUGUCAUGGUGAUAUUGCCGGAAUGGCGGCGGGCGUCUGCGGCGGACCUCGGCAGGAGCGGCGCUGAAGUGAUGCCCGGUGAAGACGCCGGUUCGGGGGCUCGGGCCUCCCCACCGGUGGGGUAUUUGGGAAAAGUCCAAGAGCGGGCGGCGUCUCUGGAGUGCUGCCCGUGGUGCGCGUCCAAAGGCCUGCGCUCGCCCCUGCGCUUGUGCCGCCUCAACCUGCACGAGUCCGUCACGCUGUGCACCGAGCCUCAGUGUCUCUUCCCUCUGGUCAGCCGCCCCCUCGAUGACAUUUUGGCAAGUUUGGCCCCCGCGGAGACGACGACGACGGCCGGCGGCAGGAAGAGAAAGGCGUCGUCCUGGACGGAAAACCAAAGCGACUGCCAGGAAGUCAAAGUCAGGUGUCUGCGCUCUGGUCAAGCGGACACGCCACCACCAAGUCCGCUUCCAAGUGGCCAUCACGAGACCGCCGUGACGCACGUCGAGCCGUCCGACGGGGUCUCUCGUCCGCCCCGAGACCGCCUCUCCCAUCAGGGGGCGGCAGGGAACGCCGAGGAAAACGCUGACUUUUCCGCCACGCCGCCGACAGACGGGGACGAUGCUUCCGGCAGGUUCGCAAGUGCUGCCGAGGGACCCGUCGCCUCCCCGGAGGAACCCGUUGACGCGUCGCUCGGGACGGCUCCUGAGCAAACGAUGGAAAUUCCAGACAAAUCCAUCAUCCUGGAUCCCUUCGGCGUUCCGGCGGCGCCUCUUUUCUGGAAAAACGCUCACGAGCUGUGCUGGUUGGACGUCCUGCUGGUGGUCCUGGUCAACUGCGAGAGCCUGAGGAGACGCCAAGGCCGGCGCGAGCCCCGGCGUGCCGCCGUCUGGCGCCUGAUGAGCGGCUACGACCGUGCGUGUGACACCCUUCGAGCGGGAAGCGGUGAGCAAGCGAGGGUUCGCCGCGACGCCGACGAGCGGCUGCAGAGCCUCAGGACGGCCGUCUUGGAGUCGCUUCGGCCGCAGCUGCUGCGCUGCCGGCUCGGCCAGAAAGAGAGUCCGGUCUUGGCCAUGCCGCUCCUGCUGGCGGCUGACUCGUGGGCGGAGCCUCUCUUUCGGACCACCUUCCGCUGGGAGUUUGAGUGUGCCCAGUGCAAGACGGUCACCAGGGAGAGGGUCAGCGAAACGCUUCCCACGCUGACCAACGUGUUGCCCGAUUGGCACCCGAUGCGCGCCACCCACUGGGCGGUGUGCGACGCCUGCGGCGCCCAGCGCCAGCGCAGGAGCAUGAAGCUGGAGAGGGUGGCCGCGGUGUUGGCGCUGCACUUUGCGGAGGGCGCGCCGCACGGCGACCCGGAUGCGCUCGCCUUCGCCUUGGGGGGCCGCCGAUAUGCCGUCACGGCCAUCGUUCAGUACGAGCGGCGCGCCGAGCACUUUGUGGCGUGGACGCGCACGCCCGGCGGCUUCUGGCGUGAAUUUGACGACUUGAAGCACCCGCAGAGCCCGCUCCAUCCCACGCCACCCGUUCCCGCUCAGGAAAUGCAGCUGGUCUUUUGGGAAGCGCAAGAGGCUUCUCCCGGCUCUGGCGCCUGUUCCCCGUCCAGCACGCGACCGGAUUCUCCGCCGUCCCUCUGCGGGGUCCCGGACCGCCACCUCGCUCGCGAGGAGGAGGAGGAGGAGGAGAGCGCGGCGACGUCGGCGGAGGCUUGCGGGAACGUGUCCAUCAGCUCUGUCACACUACUGGAUGCCUUCCACGGCCUGUCCCACGACGACAUCGUCACGCUCACCCUGACGGAGGUGGCAGCCGACGCGCCGACGGAUCACGCGGCGCUUCUGGACGACGUCCUCGCGCCGGACAGCUCCUCCCAGACGCCCGAAGACCCCGGCGAGAGCCCCCAGCGGUCGGCGGAGUCCAACGCAGACAAUGAUGCCGCUUGGGAAGAAGCUCCGACGAGGCUUUCCAAAGCCAAACAUCAAAGAGGCGGAAGGACGGCGAAGACGAAGGCGUCGCCGCAGGGGGCGGCCGCUCAAGCCUCCGGCCCGCCGGCUGACGCCGUCGGGCUGGCGUCGCCCGCGUCCUCCACCGGGGGGCCGCCGUCGCCGCCCAGGGAGCGCACCUCGCCCUGGUCCUUGUUGCUCAGCCAUCACCUUGCCAAUCAAAGGCCAAACGGCGCCACGCCCACUCCCGCGCAGCGUCCCCCCGCUCAUUCCACGCCCGCUCCGAAACCUCGGCUGCUGCCUAUGGAGGACGGCGAUGGUCACCCCCUGAAGGCCGCCGAGGCGUUUGGCGCCUUUGGGGGCGCCGUCCAACGCCUGCCGGCAUUUUCCAAAAGCGGCGGCCGUUGUCAUCAAAUCCAAGCGGGGUCUCCGGCCCCCGUCCUGAGCGACACGGAGGCGCUGCGCUACAAGCUGCUGAAGAAGCUGAAGGCCAAGAAGAAGAAGCUGGCCAAACUGGACCGGCUGCUGGCGCGCCGGCCCGACAAGGCGGCGCCGAUCUCGCCCGACGGCUUCUUGCCGCCAGAUCCGCCGCCGCUCCCCUCGCCCUCCGCCGCCGUCUCGCCCGACAGUUCGGGCUUCCUCGACGCGCUGGUCUGCCGCCAAGACGCGACCCCCGACGCCCCGCAGCCGCCGAUGCAUACGGAAAAUUUCCUGGACGAGUUUUUCUCCAUGACGCCGGUAGCGGCUCAGCAAACCAUGGAGGACGAGACGCUGCGAGAACUGGAACUUUUACUUUCAUAGCAACAGCGCCGCUCCGGGUGGGAUAUUUUUUUUCCGUAAAA